CGCAUUGUUUGAACGACCUUCUUUUUUUUUUUCCUUUUUCCCCACCUUUUUUUUCUUUCAUUUCGAUAUAUUCCGCAAAAGAACCUUUAUCGAUGGCUGGUUAUUCAGAAGACGUACACCCAUUUGUGACUCAGGACGAGCAAAGUAUGCAAACGUCAUCGGAAGAGUAUCACAACUUGUUCAACGAACUACAUCAAGCUAUCGCUCAGGCGCACCCAGACGACCUGCUACAAUUUUGCGCCUCAUUUUUUCUCAAAAAGCUGGAAACAGAACGUGCACAGACACGCCAACAUGGUCGUUUGUCAAGUUCACAUCCAACACACCCUUCAGCAAUGGACCAUGACCAUCACGGAGCAGGCAUGGCGCUCGGAGGUGCCGCCUUAGGAGCUGGAGGGGCUGCAGCAAUGUCAACGAGUGAUGACGAUGACGACGACGAAGAUAGAGAUUUUCAAGAUGAAGAACGCGACACGGUUGGUGAUGACCUGCCUUCGCUGGCGAUUCCACCUAGCCGUGGUCGUCGUACUUCUGUGAGUGCCGAGUCUAUUCAACCGUCUCACAACGUGGACUAUGUAAAGACAGUAAUUCCUAAAAGCGAUGAACAACGGGAUCGUAUCCGUACAGCGAUCGGCAACAACUUCCUUUUCAAGAACUUGGAUGAAGAUCAGUAUAUGGACGUUGUGAAUGCGAUGGCAGAAAAACGGGUAUCGGAAGGUGUGCAAGUCAUUGAACAAGGCGCAGUUGGAGACUAUUUUUACAUUGUUGAAUCUGGCACAUUUGACUGCUUCAUUGACGGUAACCUGGUAACGAAGUACGAUGCGGGUGGUAGCUUUGGUGAAUUGGCCUUGAUGUAUAAUGCGCCACGUGCGGCUACCAUCACUGCCACAUCAGACGCUGUCCUCUGGGCUUUGGAUCGUGUCACCUUCCGAUCCAUUUUGAUGGAAAACACAGCAAGAAAGCGACGCAUGUACGAACAGUUCUUGGAAGAAGUGCCUAUUCUCAAAUCUUUGGAUAUCAACGAACGUCACAAGAUCGCUGAUGCUCUGGAACCGGUACGGUUUGAAGAUAAAGAUAUCGUUAUUCGCGAAGGGGACGUUGGUGAGAACUUUUAUCUCAUCGAAAGCGGUGAAGCCAUCUUUUACAAGACUGUCGAUGGUCAGCAGCAAGAAGUGAAUCGAGCCGGUAAAGGCGACUACUUUGGAGAAUUGGCUUUAUUGAAUGAUAGCCCCCGUGCUGCUACUGUGGUUGCGCAUGGUCGCUUAAAAUGCGCCACAUUGGGUAAAAAGGCAUUUACUCGCUUAUUAGGUCCGGUGAUGGACAUUCUCAAACGCAAUUCUGAAAAUUACCAUGCUGUUCUCCAGCAAGCCAACCAAUAAAAAUACUACUUUUUUUUUCUAUUCUAUCCCG